AGCUAACAAUAAUGAUAGUAAAAUUUGAAGCAAAAAGUAAAAGAGUAAAAGGAUUAGCGUUCCAUCCUAUAAGACCUUGGGUUUUAUCUGCAUUACACACUGGUGAGAUAUAAUUAUGGGAUUAUCGCCUUAAAUAACUUUUGGAUGUAUUUGAAGACCAUGAAGGUCCUGUAAGAGGAAUCGAUUUUCAUCCCACAUAGCCUCUUUUCACAUCUGGAGGUGAUGAUUAUAAAAUCAGAGUAUGGAAUUACAAGCAAAAGAAAUGUUUAUUUGUAAUGAAAGGUCAUUUAGAUUAUAUCCGAACAGUUUAAUUUCAUCAUGAACUUCCUUGGAUUUUAAGUGCUUCAGAUGAUUAAACUAUAAGAAUAUGGAAUUGGCAAAACCGAAACAUGAUUGCAAUUUUAACAGGACAUUCACAUUAUGUUAUGUGUGCUUAAUUCCAUCCUUCUAAAGAUUUAAUUGCUUCCUGUUCUUUAGAUUAGACUUUACGUAUUUGGGAUUUUACAGCUACGAGAAAAAAAUUCAUGCAAUCUUCAUCUAAUAAAUCCUCUACAUAAAUGCAUAGUGGAAACGAAGUCGACAUUCAUUCAGUUUUAGAAGGACAUGAAAGAGGUAUUAAUUGGUGUUGUUUCCAUCCUACUUUGAAUUUAAUAGCUUCUGCUGGUGACGACAAGAAAGUUAAAAUUUGGAAAUAUACUGAAACCAAAGCUUGGGAACAUGACUCUUUAUACGGACAUAAUAAUAAUGUUUCUUCAGUCACUUUCCAUCCUAAAUUAGAUAUUAUUUUAUCUAAUAGUGAAGACAAGACCACAAAAGUAUGGGACUUAAACAAAAGAUUGCCCAUGGAUACUUUUAAGAGAGAUAAUGAUAGGUUUUGGGUUCUAUGCGUCCAUCCUGAAAAUUUGACUUUUGCUUCUGGAUGUGACAGCGGAUUUUUCGUUUUUUCUUUGUUUAAAGAAGGAAUUCCUUAAGCUUUAACUGAUAAUGAUAAUUUGUUUUACACUUAUAGGAGAUAAAUAAAACAUUUUAAUCUUAAUUAAAAAGUGGAAAGUAUUGUAAAAACUUUCGAAUCUUCAUCUUAGGGAACUUUAAUAAGUGACAAUAUAAUAUUCUUAUAAUAUAAUAAUUAUGAAAGUUAAAAUAUUUAAUUUAUCGUUGGAGUUGAUUAGAAAGAUAAAUCUGUGAAUAAAUACGUGCUACUUUCUUAUGAUACUAAUAAAUUUGAUGAUGUGAAAAAUUCGAAGGAAUCUCAAAAAACUUUUUACGCAAAAGGAGCUGUUUUUGUAUCCAAAAACAAAAUUGCGAGAAUUAGAGAAUCUUUAGAAGUCGAAAUAUACAACGUGGAUCUAGACUCAACAAGCAAUUCGCUACCAGAUAUUAGAGACGUUAAGAAAAUAUUUUAAGGGCCAAUUGGAAAAAUAAUAAUAGUUACAGAUGAAAACAUUAUUUUAUAUGACACAUCUACUAAAAAAGAAAUUAGUAAAUUCCCUUAUAAUCCAGAAUUUUCGAAAGUAAAGCAAGCUAUAUGGAAUAAAUAAAGUACCAUGGUUUCUUUGGUUUGUAAGAAAAAUAUUUAUAUCCGUAAUAAGAAUUUGGACAAGAUAUGUGAUAUUAAAGAAAAAUUCAAUAUCAAAUCCCUUACUUGGCACAAUAAUUUGAUUUUCUAUACGACUAUAAAUCAUUUAAAAUUCGGUCUUUUAAAUGGAGAAACAGGUAUUAUUAAAUGCAUUGAUUCGAAUCUUACAGUAGUUAAGGUGGAAGACAACAACCUUAUUUCAAUAGAUCGUUAAUCUAAAAUAUUAAAAACAAGCAUUAAUUGCGAAGAAUUGUAAUUAAAGAAAGCUCUUUAUGAUAAAAAUUGGGAAAAAAUAAAGUAUUAUAUGGAAAACAAUUAAAAAUUAGGAAAUUCGGUUGUUUCUUAUUUAUACAAGAAAAAUUAUUCGGCAAUAGCCCUUAAUUUAGUUGAAGAUGUUAAAGCCAAAUUCUCAUUAGCUGUAGAUUCAGGAAAUUUAGAAUAGGCCUUUAAAUCCGCAAAAGAAUUGAAAGAUCCUGAAUGUUGGGCUAGAUUAGCUGAAGAAGCUAAAAGAUAAGGGAAUCAUUAAAUAGUUGAAAUAGCAUAUCAAAAUAUAAAAGAGUUCGAAAAAUUAUCAUUUUUAUAUUUAAUAACCGGAAAACAAGAAAAACUCUAAAAAAUGCUUGAUAUCUCGAUCAAAAGAGGUGACAUAAUGGGCAGAUUCAACAAUGCUUUGAUUCUAGGUGAUAUUCAAUAAAGAAUCAGAGUAUUAGCUGAUUCAAACUAAUUAUAAUUAGCCUAUUAUACUGCUGUAGUCCAUAAUAUGCCCGAAUUAGCUUAACCUUUGAAAGAUUCUUUAGAUUAAUUAGACUAUUUUGAAUAAUUAAAAUCUUAUAAAUCCACAGCCAUUAUACCUCCUAAACCUUUAGUUUUAAAUCCAGAAACAAGCCCUCAAUGCACCAGAAAUUGGCCUCAAAAUGUCAUCACUGAAGAAUAUAUGGUCAUCCUUGCAGAACCUGAAGGAGAAGACAAUCAAUAAAAUAACAUUCCUGAAGCAGCCAAAGCCCAAAACAACAUAGUUGACGAGGAAGAAAUACACGAAGAAGCCUUAAAAUAAUAAGAAGAAGAGAAAAAAAUAAACUUCAAUAAUGAAGAUGAUUAAGAUAUUGGAAAUUGGGCCUAAGACGACGACUUAGACAUUCCAGAAUUUGAAAAUGAGAAAAAAGAUACUUAGAUUUAAAAUAAUGCGUUUUUAGGAGAAGUUCAAUUAAGUAAAUUAUUAAAGGCAGUAAAAUAAUCAUAAAUCCCGGCAGAUCAUGUAUUCUUUGGUUUAUUCGAAAACGCUUUCUAACUAUGGAAAAAAUAAUUAGGAAUUUACAAUUUCCUACCUCUUUUGGGCGAAAGCUUGAAAAUAGCUACUUGCUCGUUUACUUUAUUUCAAUAAAUUCCUUUUUUAUAACCUACUUAAUAACAUUUGCAUUAAAAUAAUAAACCUUUUAUUUGCAAAAAUAUGAGUUCUUUAUAAAAUUUAUUAGUUACAGGUUCUAAGUAUACAACAGAUGGUAAAUUUAGUGAAUCAUUUAAUGCUUUUUUGGACGUUUUAUAUACAAUUCCUUUAGUCAAAAUCACUAACGAAUAAGAACUUAAAGACUUGAAAUAAUUAAUUAGCAUAUGUUAUGAAUAUUUAAUUGCUAUGAAAUGUGAAUUAUAAAAAAACAAUGAACCAAAUCGUAAAUUUGAAUUGACUGCUUAUAUGGCCAUAUGUAAUUUGAAACCAAAUCAUAGAAUUUUGACACUUAGAGUAGCUAUGAAUUAAGCUUACAAAUUACAAAACUAUAUUUAUUCGAGCUAUUUUGCGAAAAAACUAAUUCGCUUGUUGGAAACAAAUCCAAAUUUAGCUAAACCUGAUGUUAUUUAAGGAGCUUAAAAGGUACUUAAAGCUUGCGAAGCUAAUGGAACUAAUGCUAAUUAAAUUAGCUUUGAUGAAUCUUGGCUUUAUGAAGAUGAUGCAGCUUAUAAUAUUGAUCCUUAUACUAUGAAAACAUUGUAAAAUCCCAGAGAAGCUAUUAAAUGCCCUUAUUGUGGGGCAAGACAUAACAAAAAUAUGGUUGAUACUAUUUGUAAAUUGUGUAAUUUAGGAAAGUUGGGUAUUUAGGUAAUGGGUUUAAAAAUUUGAAUUUGAAAAACAGUAUUAUAUAUACAAAU